AAAGGAACAUCUUUCAUCUCUCACAAGAAAAUAGUAUUACACUUGCUACACCCAUCAUCAAUAUAUAAAUUCCAAAAAAAAAACACUACAAACACAUUCAAAAUUCAUCCUAGUUGUAACAAAUUCCCCAAAAACUCCAUAAAACACUUCUGCAACUUCAACAAUGACCAUGACAAUGAGACGCUGUGUGAUCUGUGGCGAGAGGCCGCCCCCGAUGGAUGCCCAGGGCAACGUGGCUUAUGCGUAUCCCAAGAACGAUGAGGAGGCUCGCAUUUGGCAGAUUAGCAUGGCGGCCAAGGAGUGCUCCGUGCGGAGCAUACGGAAGGAGUGCUGCGUCUGUGUGGAGCACAUUCCAGAGUUUGUGACCCGGGCCAAGGCCAUUGGCAGGAAGCUGAGCGCUGAGAAGAAGAAGCAAAGGGAGGCGAAAUGUUCAGAGGCUUCGACGCCCGAUGAAGAACCUAAGGAAGAGCCAGAGGAAAAGCCGAAGGAUGAAUGCGUUCAGUGUCCGGAUUGUGGGGAACCAGCUGAGGAACGGGAGAAACCCUCGGUUAGUGUCCUGCUCCUGAACGGAUCCUCGCUGCCCACCUAUUGCGCCGAUAGCAAAGGUUCUUGCUGCGUGGACUCCCGUCCGGCUGAGAAGGGCGAUUCCAAGGGUAAGGCAACGAAAAGGAUCAAGUCAGUGAAGUCCAAGUGCUCGGACACGGAGAUCUUUGUGCUGGAGUCUGGCUUUCAGGACACUGGUGGCAAAUUUCCGGAUAUUGACGGUACAGAGGUCACCCACCUGCGGGCGCCCACGCAGGAGGAGGACGAGCUGACGCAAUUGCGAGAGGAGAUGAUGGAGGAGGUGGAAGAGAAUGGAGAUCCCACUAUCAGGAGACGUCGUGGUAGCUGCCUUCCCGGCUGCACGGAUGUCCUUCUCCUGGGUCGGGGACAGCACGAAACGGACGUGUGUCCUUGCAAGUGCGAUCAGUGCAAAAAGACCUGUGGCCUUUCGGAUCCAGAUCCUUGCUGCCGGCCAGAAUGUUGCCCGAAAUGCGAGCCAGAGUACUUUGACCAGCCGCCAUGUGGCUGCGAAUGCGAACAGCAGGUGCGAAGGGAACUGGGGAAGGUGAUCAAGGAUCAAGCGAUGCGAAUCCUAGAGCUAGAGGAGCUACUCUGCCGGCAGAAUAAUAUGCGCAAUUGCCUGCAACGGAAGCUGGACGAGCUGUACUGUGAGUUUGGCCGCCUGGACGACGCCGAGAACGAGGCGUAUCGAUCGGGAAUAUCCUGCCCGGGAAGUAAACGUGGCGGUCCUGAUUGCGCCUCCGUGCUCAGCGAGCGUCCUUCAAUACAGCCUGAACAACAACCGAAAGUAGAGUCCAGUCGCUCGAUGUUUAGUAGGAUAUCGUUGAAGAGAUUAAGCACCAGCGAUGUUCGUUCCAAGCAGCCGGAAGAGUUACCUGUACCAAGGAUACGGAUACAUGGAUUUGCGGAACAGAAGCCGGAACUUACAAAGCGCACCCGAAGACCCAAGUGGGUCAAUAGAACGGAAUCGGAAGAGCGAAUGAUUACUACCCAAGUUGGCCAAAUGCCUUCAAUAAAGUUCAAUGAAAUUCCCACCACCUCUGGGAUGGUCAACUAUUCCGCUUCCACCUUGGCUUUAAGCCGCAAUCGUGCCUCCGAAACCCAAGGCAACUUGAGCAACUCCAGAGGCAAUCUCUCCACAUCCAAUUACUCCGAUGUGACCAUAUCCAAUUCCAGGUCCAGCUACACGGUAUCCUUCAACUCAAAUGUGAACAAAUCCAACUCCAAGACCAACCAAUCCAUAUCCCAAGCUUGAUGUGAUGGCACAUCCACUUCCACCCACACUUCAACUCCCAUUCACAUCCAUUUCCAUAUACACCUGCCCACCUCCGUCUAUACCUUGUCUACUGUGCAAUCAUGCAAAUAAAAAUAUAUUCUUUUUUUCCGGCUCUGUGCAAA